AUGUCGAGCGUCUACCACACGGAGCCGCCGACCAAGGGCAAGGUCGUCUUCCAGACGUCUGUAGGACCGAUCGACGUCGAGCUGUGGUCGAAGGAAGCGCCGAAGGCCUGUCGCAAUUUCAUCCAGUUGGCGUUGGAAGGGUAUUAUGACCGCACGACUUUUCAUAGAGUGAUACCGGGUUUUAUGGCGCAGGGCGGCGACCCGACCGGUACCGGAGAAGGUGGGGAUUCGGUAUGGGGCAAAUAUUUUAGGGACGAAGUCAAUGCGCGCAUCCGCUUUAACCAUAGAGGGCAGCUGGCCAUGGCGAACGAGAACCGACCGGACACGAAUCGCGCGCAGUUCUUCUUCACGCUCGACGCCUGCGAAUGGCUUAACGGGAAGCAUACGAUCUUUGGCACGGUCGCCGGCGACACCGUGUUCAAUUUGUUAAGGAUGGGGGAAGUAGAAACGGAUGACAACGAUAGACCGGUCGACGGUAUUACGCUCAAAACGGUCGAAGUGCUGUUGAACCCUUUCGACGACGUCGUGCCGCGCAUCUCGCAGAACGUUCCUGCGGAAGUUGUUGAGGUGAAGCCGAAGCCCAGGGGCACGAAGAAUCUCACGCUGCUCUCCUUCGGCGAGGAGGAGGCUUCCGAGGCGCCACAGCAGAGAAUGAAGCCGGCCCCGGCGCGGAAAGAAGAAAAGCCCCUCAGGCCCAUGCUCGAGCAGGCCGAGUCCUCGUCAGAUGAGGAGGACGAGGAGGAUCGGUUGCGGGGCGCGGUGAAGUCCGCGGUCGCACGGGGAGGCACGGGGAACGCGCGCGCGUUCGAGAAGAAGGGCCCGACGGGCGCCGCGGGCUUCGCGGCGAAGAUGGCUCAGAAACUGAAGGAGCGGCGGGCGGCGGUCGCGAAGCGCGAGGCCGUGGACAAGCGCAAGGCCGUGUGCAUCGGCGUCCUGUCUCACCGCGCGCCAUCGCCGCGACGUCAUCGCUGUGACUCUAUAUACACACAGGAGAAGCGCAAGCGCGACAACGCCGACAACGAGUACGGCUUCGAGCAGGAGGAGGACGAUGUGGAUGAAGGUGUGCAGCAGCAGGCGCUGGAGGCCAAGCGCGAGGAAGCGCGGCAGGCGCGGCGGGCCUUAGCGCGCUCGUUGCGGCCUACGGUGUCGGCGCCGUCCUCGAGACCGGCACAAGCCGCUCUAGCCUCCGAUGAUAAGAGGAGAGAGGCCGUGGCCGCCGCGAGACAACUGCUCUCACCCUCGGAGACGCUACGGCAGCAACAUAGGGCGAAGUCUGGAAGGACGCGGUCGCGGGAGGCCGACACCUUGGCGAAGCUCAGCGCGUUUAGUUCUUCUUUGAAAGCUACUAAGGAAGAGGUCGGCGAGCCGUCCGUCGAGCCCGUGACGUAUUCCGGGCAAGUGCUCGACGCGGACAGCGAGUCCGACGACGAGGCCUGGUUCGCGGGCAAGCUCAAGUUCCGAAAACACACCGACGACUUGUUUCGCACGGGCACGGUCGACGACUACGCCACCUACGAUCCUCACGGGAAAUUUGGGUCGACGGCGGUUCCUCGGCCGCGGUCGUACGGGGGGCAGGCGCCGCCACCGAAUCGCGGGGGCGACCGGCGCGGCGACGGACGUAGCGGUGGGGACUGGCGACGGUAGGAGUAAUGUGGGAUGUAUCUGGUCCACUGGAAACCCGUUUUGAUCACCACCGCGCGCGCGAGAUCACCACAUUGCACGCUAACCGUGUUAGUGGUCCAUUCGACCGUCAAAUUUACGGCGCAGAACAGAUAACUCACGUGGAGCCAAUCGUUGAGCCACAAAUCCAAAAUAUGGCAAAAGUAGAAGAUGUGACCGCCAGCGUGCCCGCGUCGCUCGAAGGCCUGGACGACGACACGGUGCUGAUCGUCACGAGCUUUCUCCCGGAGUGUCGCGACGUGCUGAGCCUGUCGGUCACGCGCGCGCUGCCGGAGACCGCCUGGCGCGCGGCGCACAAUCGCCGAACACGGGCCGGCGCGCUGGGUCGAGGUCCUCACGGCGGAACCCGACGAGCACGGCUGGCGGUGGGAGGACGACGCGCAGUUCUUCUCCGGCCUCGUCCCGAGCCGCUCGGCGAACGGCCUGGCGUUCGUCGCCGCCCUCGAGGAGUGGACCUCGAACAAAAGAAAAGGCUCGUGGAUCCGUCUCGACCUCGCGACGCUCGAGCUCACCACGUCGGGACUUACGGUGUCGGACACGGAUUGGGUCGUCGUCACGUCCCGCACCGACGUGGUGAGCCCCGACGGGCGCUCGUUCCUCGUGCCGUCGCCGUACGAAGACGCCCCCACCGGCGAGUCGCGCGCGAAGAUCCUCCGUAUCGCGCCGGACCGCGACGGCACGGCCCACGACGCGGCGAUCCAGCGCAAGUUAGCGCGCCUCGAGGGACAGGCCGCGGCGGAGGCGCACGCGCAACGGUCGCCGACAGGCGAGGCGACGCUUGGCGUCGUCGACGCCAUUUUCGACAGCGACCAGAUUCUGCGCGGCGACGAGGCCGUGGCGUGGCAGGAGACGUGCGGCGACCUGCGCCGCAGCUCGUGUAUCAAGUGCGGCGCAACCUCCCCGAGUAUUCGCUUCCAGACGUUCAUGGUGGGCAACCUCCUCGUCAGCUACCAAUACCAUGGAAGAAUUGAAUCACCUCCGUCUCGGUGUCCUAAGCGAGUCGUGCUGAAGGUGUGGCGCUUCUAG